GUCUCACUGGCGUUGUACAAGCAUCAAACAGGCACAGGGAAGAGCUUAUACCUCAUACACUUGUUUUCACUGAAGAGGCUGGUAUUAUUUUACUAUGAUCGCUAUGAGAGAUUAGACACCUGAACUGACUAUGAACUGUUUUCAACACACCUAGAAAAUAAAAUUACUCUUUAACCAAAUGUCUUACCCGACAAACACAUUUCAGUAGAAGAGUGAGAAUGGAGAACAGCACUCUAGCCCAGGGGAUGGAUUUAAAUGCCACCCUAAGUGAAGCACUGAAGAAGAUGCCCCAGGACUCUAUAGAAGUCCAGGUUGUCACUAUUCUCCUGGCUUUGUUAAUAUGUGGAGUUGGUAUAGCUGGUAACAUCAUGGUAGUCUUGGUAGUUCUCAGAACCAAGCAUAUGAUGACCCCAACAAACUGCUACCUGGUCAGCUUAGCUAUAGCUGACCUUAUUGUCCUUUUGGCUGCAGGACUUCCAAAUAUUUCUGAGGUGGUCGCCUCUUGGAUUUACGGCUAUACAGGUUGCCUCUGCAUUACAUACCUACAAUACCUGGGCAUUAACGUCUCUUCGUGUUCAAUAACAGCUUUCACCAUCGAGAGAUACAUAGCGAUCUGCCACUCCAUCAAAGCCCAGUUUAUCUGCACUGUCUCCAGGGCAAAGAAGAUCAUAGCUUGCGUGUGGAUUUUCACCUCUGUCUAUUGUAUUAUGUGGUUCUUCUUGGUGGACACCAACGAGACCAUCUACGCUGACGGUGUGGUUGUCAAAUGCGGCUACCGUGUCUCAAGGAAUCUCUACAUGCCCAUCUAUUUCCUGGACUUUACCUUGUUCUAUGUUAUACCGCUCAUCGUAGCGACUGUGCUGUAUGGUUUGAUAGCCAGGAUUUUGUUCAUGAACCCCCUUCCUGCUAACCCUCAUGACAGAGUGGGCACGGACUCGAUUCACCAAGGAAGAUCUCAAAACGCCAUGAAGCUCUCCUGUAAACCAAACAAGGGUGCCAUGUCGUCAAGAAAGCAGGUAACAAAGAUGCUGGCUGUUGUGGUGAUCCUGUUCGCUCUCCUGUGGAUGCCCUACCGCACUCUGGUGGUGGUCAACUCCUUUAUGGACCCUCCUUAUCUCAAUACCUGGUUCCUGCUCUUCUGCAGGAUGUGUGUUUACACAAACAGCGCCAUCAACCCCAUCAUCUACAAUCUGAUGUCCCAGAAGUUUCGGGCUGCUUUCAAGAAACUGUGUAAGUGUAAGCAACAGAGGCCUGAGAAGGUGACCAAAUACAACGUGCCUGUUUAUUACAGCGUCAUGAAGGACUCCUCCCACGAAAGCCCUGACCAUGAUGUCACAGAGCAGGAGGAUAUGAAUGGCUUUCCAAUGCCAAGCAGGAAAGUCAACUUUACUGACAAAUGCAAUGACACCAAUACAACAUUUAGUGUGGCCUGAAAUGCUUAUUUAUGACACUUCAAAUAAAGCGUUCCAUGCACAUAGUGGGUCGUUUCUCAAAGAGAUGUGUCAGGUUGUUGCUCCUUUGUUUUGUUUUUAAUCGCCUGAGCAUUUCCACAAGCAUGACAACAAAGAGAUUUUACUGCAUCUUGAAACUAGAUUUUUAAAGGUUAGGGUCACAUUUACAAAAUAUAACCCAUUGUGCUAUGCCUUAUAAAAGUUUACCACAGUAAAUGUGCAUGUACUUCUGCAGCUUUUCCCUCCUUUCCCCAUGGUUCAAGUAUGAAUUGACAAUAGUUUGCCAUGGUGUGCCAUGUGUUUUUAUAUAUGCCUUACCAUAACUCUCUGGGCUUUAGUACACUUUGCUAUACUUUUACUAUGGUGAACUUUUCUAAAUCAAUUUCUAAAAGCUUCAGAUAAUCAACUCAGGAGGUUAAUUUAAGAGCUCCUGAGUUGUUUUUUUGCUGGUUCUGUAAUUAGUAUUUGGUGCAAACGUAGCACAGUGGUAAAUGCUUUGUGAAUACAGUCAAUGUGUUUUUCUCUCCACAGUUGGUUUCAAACUGUACAGCAUUUGUGAAUAUAACUAGAUUUUUUAGUUUGUGUUUUUAAUACCUCAGCUUCAUUUUGAAAACAGCUGAACAGCCCCUCCAUCAAGGAAGUCUCUCACAUUAAAGGUAAUUAAUAUAUAUUUUAAAAAGCAAGAUUCUACUUGAAAACAGCUGUACAGCCCCUCCAUCAAGGAAGUCUCUAUCAUUAAGGGUAAUUAGGCUUGUAGCAUGCAUUCUUGGUUUGAGGGAUUUUAUUAGUGGAAAAGAUUUUGAAAGACUACUCCCCUUUUUCAAUUUGGCUGCGAGUCUGUGCCCUCAAUUUUAAGAAAAUUGUGUAUCAAUGUUAUAUCAAAUGCACCUAAAUUGACAUGAUAAAGUAAGUACCACUUUUAAGUGCAUCUAAUCACUGCGUAUUUACAUAGUAGUUACUUAGUAAAUACAUGUGUACUUACACAUAGUUGAAAUGUUAUUAUGCACAAUUUCAAUGUACUUAAUGUGUACAUCUUUUUACAUGAUAUAAACCUAACCAUAGGAUCGCUAACCCUAAUUCUUUUCUGGUACAAUUGUGUACUUACAUAUACUGUGCAAAAAGAUUUACACAUUAAGUACAUUGUAACAAUGCAUAAUAACACUGUGAUUAUGUGUGCGUACACAUGUAUUUACUAUCGCACUACUAUGUAAAUACACAGUAAUUAGAGAAUGUCACGUGUUACUUAAAGUAUUGGUGCAUCUAUACUCAAAUGAAGACAGACACGCUUGACAUGAUAAUUCUCAAUGGAGAAAAUAUUUACUGUGUAAAUUUUGUACAGUACAGUAAGUAAGAUUGAUAUUUUAGUUACAUUGUUUUUAGUUGUGUCCAUUGCGUAUCGAAAUAUUGCUCAUGGAAUCACUGCUGUACAGAAUAAUGUUGCUCUGAU